GCCUUGCCAGUAAGUAGAAUUGUUCUUGUUUUUGUGAAAAGUAACAAUAUCUAGCUUGGCAUGGAACCUUCCUUGCCCGCCAAGCCACAUCUUCUGCUAAACUGUUAUAACCUAAUAAGGACCACCAUUCAAAUCUCCCUUCCUUCUUCUUCACCCUUAUAAAUUCACAUUUCCCUAAUGCAUUUCCCAAAAACAACAAAUAGGGAAGAAAAACAAUAUUUUUCUCUUGGAAAUUGUUCGAAAAUGGCGUACGGAGACGACGCAGAUAGGAGAUCGAGAAAGCGAGUCGUCAUUAUCAGCGUCUCGGCGUUUUUAUUGGUGGCAAUGGUGGUGGCGGUGACGGUUGGUUUUGCCAUGGAAAAGAGUUUCUACAAUAGUCCAUAUAGUGGCAACAAAGGCAGGUCCCAUGACAAGCCAGCCUCAAUGAAAGCAAUCAAAGCCAUUUGCCAACCAACCGAUUACAAGCAAGAAUGUCUCGACAGCCUCAGCUACGCCUCCGGAAACACCACCACGGAUCCAGUACAGCUCAUUGGAUACGGCUUCAAGGUUGCAAUGAAGUACGUUUACGAUGCUGCCAAAAAAUCCGACUUCCUGCGAAAGCUCGAGAAGGAUCCCCGAACCUCCAAUGCCCUCGACACAUGCGAAGAGCUCAUGGAAUUGGCGCUUGGUGAGCUCAGGCAAUCGCUUGUGCGAUUGGGGUUCAUCGAUGAUCUUACGAAGUUUAAUGACAUGUUGAUGGAUUUGAAGGUUUGGCUGAGCGCUACAAUCACUUACCAAGAAAGCUGCUUGGAUGCUUUUGAGAACACAACUAGUUCUACCGAUGCAGCGGAGGAGAUGAAGAAUGUGUUGAAAACCUCCAUGCAUUUGAGCAGCAAUGCCCUUGCCAUGGUUUCUCAAGUCUUUUCAGCCUUCACUGACUUGAACAACCCUGACCCUAGCCACCGCCGCCUCCUCCAAUUUGAUGCCUUCCCUGUUAUUGGUCACAGUGAAUUCGAAGACCCCAAGUGGUAUGGAGGUGAAGGCAAGAAACUCCGCCGCCUCCUCCAAUUUGACACCUUCCCUGUUAUUGGUCAUGGGGAAUUCGAAGAUCCCAAGUGGUAUGGAGGUGAAGGCAGGAAACUCCGCCGCCUCCUCCAAUUUGAUGCCUUCCCAGUUAUGGGUCACGGGGAAUUUGACGAUCCCAAGUGGUAUGGAGGUGAAGGCAGGAAACUCCGCCGGCUCCUCCAAUUUGAUGCCUUCCCAGUUAUUGGUCAUGGGGAAUUCGAAGAUCCAAAAUGGUAUGGAGGUGAAGGCAGGAAACUUCUCACAACCAGUACCACUUCUGCUCCGAAAAUUAAUAAGCCCGAUAUCAUUGUGGCAAAGGAUGGAAGUGGAAGCUACAAGACCAUCACUGAGGCACUAAAACAUGUCCCCAAGUAUGGCAAUGAGACCUUUAUCAUCUACAUCAAGGAAGGUAUAUAUAAUGAGCAUAUCCUGGUUACUAGGAGCAUGACGAAUGUGAUGAUGAUCGGAGAUGGUGCGAAUAAGACCAGGAUAACCGGAAACAAGAACUUUGUAGAUGGCACGACCACCUACCAUACUGCCACUGUUGCUAUUCAGGGAGACCAUUUCAUGGUAAUGGACAUAGGGUUUGAGAACUCUGCUGGUCCGGAGAAACAUCAGGCUGUUGCAUUGAGGGUAAGCGCUGACAAGGCAAUCUUCUACAGGUGCUCGAUGGAUGGUUACCAAGACACCCUCUACACUCAUGCUCAACGCCAAUUCUACCGCGACUGCACCAUCUCCGGCACCAUAGAUUUUGUGUUCGGAGAUGCUACUGCAAUCUUCCAAAACUGCACUUUCUUGAUCCGCAAGCCAUUGCCAAACCAGUCUUGCAUUGUGACAGCUCAAGGCAGGAAAGAACGGCGCCAACCAUCUGCAAUCAUCAUUCAAAACAGCACAAUCACCGCCGAUCCUGAUUACUUCCCUGUCAAGGAUGAGAACAAGGCAUAUCUUGGCCGUCCAUGGAAGGAAUACUCGAGGACAAUCAUCAUGGACUCGUACAUUGAUGACGUGAUUCAACCGGAAGGUUGGUUGCCAUGGGAGGGUGAGUGGGGGCUCAAGACAUGCUUCUACGCAGAGUUAGGCAACACAGGCCCUGCUGCUAACAAGGCAAGGCGCGUGACAUGGCGCGGGAUCAAGAAGAUUACUGAAAAUCAUGCUGCAGAUUUCACACCCGGUAGGUUCUUCAGGGGCGAUAAGUGGAUUAGGCUCUCCGGUGUGCCCUAUAUCCCCGGCCUGACCACUAGGAACCAACCGAAAACUGCAACUAUAAGUACUCAAUCCGUCUUGAAAGGCGCCUGA